CCAGGCCCCUUUCGCGUUUGAGAUCCAUAGUGUUGCCCAUGCUAUUGGACCCCCUGCUGUGCUAUCGUUGUCCCCAGAACCAAAUUCAGUUCCAGUUUCUCAAACGAAGUCUGCAUCUGCAGCAACCUCAUAUCGUAAGACACAGCUUGCCUUUCAAUUCACUCCACGAUAUAUUUUCAGAACGGAUCUCCUGCACCGUCGGGACUGCUCAGUAUCAACAAGAGCGUUUGCAUCACUCACGAAAUUAUCCACCUUUAUCACUAUUUCACACCAUAUUCGGUCAAAAUUUUCCCUGGGAUGCUCUUUCCUCUCUGAGAACGCAGGACCCAAGAAAGGAAUCGAUGUUCACUUGCAGCAGGCAAAAGCUUUUUCCGGAUACCUACAUCGUUAGCUGUUAAACCCAAGUUGAUUCCGACCCGUUUUCGUACUUGAAUGAUGGUGGAGACCUUAUCACUUGGCCGGUUCCACCACCAGAGGCUCGAUUUUAAGCGUUGGAUCCCGGCAUUCUUGACCUCGCACAAGACCCUUUUCACUUUUCUCUGGAUCGUUGCAUUUGCGUCUGUUUUUCUGUGGCAGAGGAACAUAGUCGAUGGCUUCUUUAUAUUCGGUCGGGUCCCGGUCAGGCCAAUGCCGAAACUCCGACCCAUAGUCUUCAAUUUGACUGAUUUUGGAGGGGUGGGUGAUGGGGUUACUGUGAACACUGAGGCUUUCGAGAGAGCUGUUUCUGCUAUCUCCAAGCUCGGGAGAAGAGGAGGCGGUCAGCUAAAUGUGCCACCAGGUCGCUGGCUAACGGCUCCGUUCAAUCUUACUAGUCACAUGACUCUAUUCCUGGCUGAAGAUGCUGUCAUACUUGGUAUUCAGGGUGAAAAGUACUGGCCGCUGAUGCCUCCACUGCCUUCUUAUGGGUAUGGGAGGGAGCAUCCUGGGCCUCGAUAUGGAAGUUUGAUUCAUGGCCAAAAUCUUAAAGAUGUUGUGAUAACAGGGCAUAAUGGUACAAUAAAUGGACAGGGCCAAACAUGGUGGAAAAAAUAUCGCCAGAAGCUUCUCAACCACACAAGAGGGCCACUUGUUCAGAUCAUGUGGUCAAGUGAUAUAGUGAUAACUAACAUAACUCUGCGUGACUCUCCUUUUUGGACCCUUCAUCCAUAUGACUGCAAGAAUGUAACAAUAAAAAAUGUUACAAUUUUGGCUCCUGUAUUUGAAGCUCCAAAUACUGAUGGCAUUGAUCCUGAUUCUUGUGAGGAUAUGCUGAUAGAGGACUGUUACAUUAGCGUGGGGGAUGAUGCAAUCGCUAUAAAAAGUGGCUGGGAUCAGUAUGGAAUUGCCUAUGGAAGACCUUCCACCAAUGUAAUCAUCCGGAACCUUGUUGUUCGCUCUAUGGUCAGUGCUGGAAUCUCAAUAGGCAGUGAGAUGUCUGGGGGUGUGUCCAAGGUGACAGUGGAGAACGUCCUCGUGUGGCAAUCCAGACGUGCUGUGAGGAUCAAGACAGCCCCAGGAAGAGGUGGUUUUGUUCGCGAAAUAACCUAUCGGAAUCUAACAUUUGACAAUGUCCGUGUGGGUAUUGUUAUCAAGACAGACUACAAUGAACACCCAGAUGCAGGAUAUGACCCACAGGCACUUCCAGUGCUGAAAGACAUAAGCUUCACAACUAUCCAUGGCCAGGGAGUUCGUGUGCCGGUUCGGAUUCAUGGUAGUGAAGAAAUACCAGUAAGGAAUGUAACGUUCCAGGAUUUUUCGGUUGGGACAACCUACAAGAAGAAGCGCAUCUUCCAGUGUGCUUUUGUCCAAGGUCGUGUAAUAGGAGCCAUAUUUCCUGCUCCCUGUGAGAACCUUGACCGUUACAAUGAGCAAGGAGAGUUGGUGAAGCGUUCUGUCUCCCAGAAUGUAACAGACAUAGACUACGAUAUAUGAAGUAACGUCUGGUUCACAACUUCCCCUAUUUUGUUUCCAUCAAUGGGGCUUCAAUGUAUGUCAUCACUUUUCUGGGAAUUGGAGCAGUUUAAGUUCUCUCUCCCCCUCCUUCUGCAAUUUCAUUUCUUGCUCCAUUUAAUAGAUGCUUUCUAAUGUGAUGGAGUUGUAUAUAAGAAAAUUUUUCUUCUGCUCAUAUGAUCAUUUACGGGAUAACAUAUGCACAGACGUCAAAUCCCUGGGAGGGUUUAUUACGUUUCUUGAUGUUGUUCUUCUUUGAUGUCAUUUUUUACGCUCGAGAAAUAAGUUCACGCCAUGAGCUGUUAA